AUGCGCUCGUAUCAGUUGACCCUCUUUUUCGGUCUGGUCGUGCUUCUAGCAACCACAGAAGCUGUCUCACCCGACAUCGCCACGACGAGUCGGAAAUACGCGUACACGUCUCAGAAUCGCUCGCUGUCGGCUGAGUACAACGUCAAAGUAAGGAGAAGCCUGCGGGGUGAGGGCAACAACAAAGACAUGGAGGAGCCCAACGCUGACGAUGGAGAGUGA